GUUGAUUCGUUGACAUUCCAGUCAAUAUGGCGGUGUCGUUGUCAAAUGCGUAAAAGGAAAACAUCCGUGCUCAAGUGAAAGGAUUGUGAUAUUGAGGUCCUUGUUUCGCGAAAUUAAUAUCUGCCUACAAAAAAUGCUGGUCGUUUUCUAGCUCCAGUAAAAAAUAGUUGAGAGAAGACUCUAAAAGCUCCGCAGAACUUACAAAAUCCAAGUGAAGCCCAAAAAUAUGGCAGAAGGCAGAGAAGAAGCUCCUAACGGCGCCAGCUGGUGGGGUUCGUGGUAUUCUUCGGCCAAAGCAAAGACAUCGACAGUUUUCGAGGCGGUCAAGAAAGAUCUGGACGAGCUGUCGACGGCUGUAAAAACUGAGGCGUCUUACGUUGGGGCCGCGAUCGAGAAUACGCUGAAGUUUGACGAGGAAGAUUCCACGGUUGGGACAGUGAAGAAAAGUAUUAGCACCUUUUUCGGUCAAGUGACCGAGGCAUUAAUUCCUUCAUUGGAAGACGAUGAAACCGAGGCAGUUCUUAUAACUCAUGACGGAACUGUAACCUUGACUGGGUUUCAGAAGCAUUUAGCUGACCUACAAAAGAACGAUAAGACUUACUUGGAAGCGCCUAAGGAUGAGCUAAUCGAAAAAUACAAAAUGUGGAUGGAGGUAGUAGAUCAGGAUCAAUUCACGCAAAAUCGUCUUGCGCGACAUCUGGCUAGUAGCGAAAUUUUGAAUGAAAAAUAUGUGACUCUGGUCCCGGAAAAACUGCCACACAUGGAGUUUUGGCAAAGGUACCUAUUCAAACGUGCUCUUCUGGAAGAUGCUUUGGCCAACGCUGAAAUCGCUGAACGGAAGGCCAAGAUUGAAAUAGACUCUACUACCCCAGUUUCUCCCCGCAAAAAUAUAGUUCAAACGGAACAACCGAAACUUGCCUGUAGCGAAAAUGACAAAGAAGAGAAAACCGAUUCACCUGAGAAGGAACAUUCAAAGUCAUUGGACAAAGAGUUAUCUGAAGACGAUAUAAAUUGGGACGCAGAAGAAAUUCCAUCCAAUGUUGAACUUACUGAAGAAGAGCAGACCAGGCUACUAGAACAAUAUGAGCAAGAAAUUCAAGAGCGUGAGAAACGGAAAAGUAUCAUUUUGAAUGACCCUACUGCCAUUGAAGAACCCAAGAAACCAACGCCAAAAUCAUCACCUGAAAAGAAGCCACAACAAAACAAGAAAUCAGACAAGAAUAACGGCAAGCAACCGGCAGUCGACUCAAAAAAGAAACAACAAACGCAACAAAAGAACACUUCAGUCAAGCAAACCGACAACAAACCGGCCAAUGCAAAACCCACGAAACAGAAUCAGUCAAAAAAAGAGAGUUCACUUAAAGUCGACAAGGAUCACUUCAACAAGGACGAAAUCUCAUCAUCCACAUCCGACGAAAGUUGGGAGAAGGACUUCGACAUGAACGAAUAGAUAGCAAAAUAGCUGGAAUGGCUUCAUCUUAUGUUUUUCAAACGAAAUAAUUUUAGGUGAUAUAUAAAUUAAAUUUAAAAGAACAAUAUUUAAAGAAAGCAGACAUUUUUAUACACUACAUCUUAAUAUAAUAAAAUAUUAUGAAACAUA